UGAUUACAACAUAUUAUGACACAUUGCACCCACUGCCUUCCCACAUCAGGCUUCAAGUGUGAAAACUUUGUCACAGAUAGCACUUUCAAAAUGCAAUCAAUGGAAACAGUAUUACAGAAUGGCACAGAAACCUUUAACCUCUGGGAAGACCCUCCUCCCCCAGUCUAUAUGCAGUUCUAUUUUUUUAACGUGACCAACCCAUUAGAAGUGGUCAAUGGAGAUAUGCCUUUUGUGGAAGAAAUAGGGCCGUACACCUACAGAGAGUACAGGCCAAGAGCAAAUGUUCAUAUUUUGGACAAUGACACCAGAGUUUCUUCUGUGAACCCAAAGACGUAUGUGUUUGAACCGGAGAUGUCUGUUGGAGACCCUGAAGUUGAUCUGAUCAGGACAGUAAACAUUCCUGCAGUGACUGCCAUGGAACAGACCAAAUCAACUUCUCUCCAGUUUCCCGUAGAGGUGCUCCUAAUCUUGUACCAAGAACACCUGUUUAUGACACACACUGUCCAUGAGUUGUUAUGGGGCUACAAAGACAAACUUUUGACAACCCUUCAUAUGUUUCGUCCGGAGAUUGAUCCCAUGUUUGGCCUGUUCAAUAAGAUGAACGGAACGGAUGACGGCGAGUAUGUGGUUCUCAGUGGGAAGAAGAACUACCUUAACUUCUCGAAGAUUGUGCAGUGGAGAGGAAAAGAGUCGCUGGACUGGUGGACCACAGAGUCAUGUAAUAUGAUCAAUGGGACAGAUGGGAGUACUUUCCACCCAUUGAUAAGCACAGAUGAAACUAUCUAUGUCUUUUCUUCUGACUUCUGCAGAUCGCUGUAUGUGACUUUUGAUAGCUAUGUGAGUGUCUCUGGAAUCUCUGCCUAUCGCUUUGUGCCCCCUCCCAUGGUGUUUGCCAAUGUGUCAGUGAACCCAGACAAUGCAGGAUUCUGUGUGCCCGCGGGAAACUGCCACGGCUCGGGUGUCCUGAACGUCAGCGCCUGCAAGCAAGGUGCCCCAAUAUUUUUAUCAGCCCCGCAUUUUUACCAGGCAGAUGAGAAGUAUAUUAAGGACAUUCAGGGCAUGCAUCCCAGAAAGGAGGAUCAUGAAACAUUUCUGGACAUCAAUCCUCUGACAGGGAUACUUGUACAAGCAGCCAAGCGAUUGCAGAUCAAUGUUCUCGUCAGACAUCUAGAUGGAUUCAUCGAAACGGGAAGUGUCCGAACUCUGAUUUUCCCCGUGGUGCAUGUAAAUGAGAGUACUCUGAUUGAUGAAGCAUCUGCCAAAAAACUGAAGAGUGUUCUGUUUGAAGCCACGGUUGUAUCCAGCAUCCCCUUCAUAAUCAUGGCAUUGGGAAUUAUUUUGGGGAUUGUUUUCAUUGUGCUUGUAUGCAGGCCCCCUGGAUCAAGGGAAGAGGCUAGAGAAGUGUUAAUAGACCCAGAAUAAGUGCACGCAGACAAAGCUAUGCAGCCAGUUUAAGAUGCAUGGUAAGAGUUCUGAAGAAGAAAGGGCUCCACUCAUCAGGACAUCCUAAUACUCUUUUCUUCCCGGUCACAUGUGAAGUUGGUGAAUAAACUAUGCAAGUUGAUCUAAUACCGAACAUUACCCGGCAUUUGGCGCUGUCUAAAAACCACCAUGCUAAUUAUAAUUAUUUGUAGUGCAGGGCUGGGAAAAACUAAAAUGCUAGUGAGUGAAGAAACUUUUCUUCCCAGCUGCUAAAUAAGUUUUAAAACAGAUUUUAAAAUGGCUUGAGAUCCUGCUUUAUUAACUAGUGUUUAAUAUUCCCAGUGUUGUUUUAAUCUGAAAGCCAUAAAAGCUCAGAACCACUAUAUCAGUGAGAGUAAAAUACCUUGAUUCAUGUAUUAGAAUUACUUGGGGUAAACUUUGCAAAAGGACCUGAGUGAUGUGAGCUCCUAAAUUCCUUUUGAAAGUGGAAUUUAGGCAUGUUUGAAAAGAUGGCCCUGGAUCUAAUCUUGUCUUUUGUGUAGAGUAAACUUGGCUAUUUAACAGAGUGUGAAUGGAUUUUUUUAGCAGUUAUUCAUAAUGCCUUUCUCCUCCAAAACUGUUUUGAGAAUCUAAGCCAAAAUGGUAAGUGAGACCUAUUUAAUCAUUAGUUUGCAAUCAAUAAGCUAAGUGCUUUGUGACAUGUUUUUGUACAGCACUUUGAUCUGUCCCAAUAUUGUUUGAAAUCCCAUUGUGUGGUAUCAAUAAAAUGCCCUAGCAGGUAUUUAAUUAUA